GAAGCGGAUCGGAACCGGAGCCGUUCCCUCCCACUGUCAGCCCGAACCCGGAUAGGCCCCUCUGCUCCCCGAGGUGCUUAAAGAUGAAUUCCAGGACCGCCAAAGACACAAUUAUGGGCAAGUGGGGCUUCAAGCCGGGUGGCUUCAGGCCUGAGAGUGAUCUCGAGAAGUGUAAGCAGGAGAAUGCUGCUCUGAGGAGAUCACUGGAGGAAGCCCUGAAAGGGAAGAGCAAAAUGAGUGAUCCGGAGAGGAAGGAGCUCCUGGAGAAAAUACUUUCCCUGGAAAAGGAAAAAGAAAAAUACAACCAUCUUCUUGAACAGAAGGACAAAGAAAUCCAAAGCCUGAAAGACAAGCUUAGAUCCAAACCCAAGAUGGUUGAAGUCUCCUCAUUACAAAGUCAACUAGAGGAGAAAACAAAGGAAGCAGAGAGGAGAGAACAGUUACUUUUUUCUAUAUCAGAAGAAAUGAAUCGGUUAAAGUGCAAUUUAUCCACUGUUACUGCAAAAUAUGCUGAGCUUGAAAACAGAGCUGGGGCUUCUCAGGCAUCCCAGGAAGCAGUAACAAACAGCACUGGAUUACCAACUAAUUUUCAUGAAGUUGAAAAACAACUGAAAGAUGCUCUUGAGAAAAACCAACAGUGGCUACUGUAUGACCAGCAGCGUGAAGCAUAUGUCAGGGGACUCCUUGGGAGGAUCUUUGAACUUGAGCAGAAGUCAGGAAUGGCUGCCCAACAAGAAUCUAAAGAAUCCAUUUCAGAAGGUCAUCUACAAGAGGAAAAGCAAAAAUAUUAUGACCAGCUAUUCCUGACUGCUAAGAGUGAUCUUGAGACUGAAAGAUGCACUGUAAGCCAGCUGAGAUUUGAACUUAAUGAAUUAAAAAAAAAGUGUGAAGAAGCACAAGAAAUAACAAGUUUAAAUGCCUUAAUGCAGUCUGAAAUGAAGACUCUAGAAAAUGAAAAUAAAAUUAAAGGGGAGAAAGUGCAGAGACUAAAACAAGAGAAUGAAGCUAUUAAAGUUCAGCUCAUAGAAGAACAGAAAAAGUCUAAAGAUCUUCAGUGUCAGGUGCAACUUCUUCGCAAAUUGUUGCUCAAACAUCAGGAGGAACACACUAGGAUAGACUUACUGGAACAACAGAUCCAAAUAUGCACCACAGACUUUGAGAAUGAAAAGCUCGAUCGCCAGAAACUGCAGCACCAGUUAAACAAAGUCCACAGGGAACUGCGCAAGGCCAGGGAGCAAAUAACACGUCUGGAACCUCCGAAAUUCCAGGAAUCUGGACGUAUGGAACCACAAGAAGAUUUGCAAGCUGUGUUUGAAGAGAAGCUAACCAUGUAUGACACAAGCCCUUCUCUGAAACAUUCAAGCCUUCUUGAUGAAAGUUUUCUUGAGUGUCCCAAGUGUAAAGCACAGUAUCCAACAAGCCAACAUAGAGAAUUAUUAGCACAUAUUGACAUUUGUACAGCUUAA